AUGGCAGACACCAUCAACAAGACAGAUACCAUCAACAUGACAGACAUCAUCAACAAGACAGACACCAUCAACAUGACAGAUACCAUCAACAUGACAGAUACCAUCAACAUGACAGACCCCAUCAACAAGACAGACCCCAUCAACAAGACAGACACCAUCAACAAGGCAGACACCAUCAAUAAGACAGACACCAUCAACAAGACAGACACCAUCAACAUGACAGACCCAUCAACAAGACAGACACCAUCAACAUGA